AUGGCACUGUAUUAUGGUAUUGUGUUUGCUAUUUUAGCGUCUGAGUUACCUAUUCCUACUCGAUGGCAAAAACCAGUUUUCCGCUGGAUUGCUACCUCACCUCUUGUAAAUGCUGUUAAUACAUUAAGAGCGUUUUAUGAAGUCGUUAAUGAGGAAGAGAAUGGUGUCCCUACGGGUAAUUCAGAUUUUAGAGCACAAGUGGGUCAAGCUGCAAAGAAAUUUUAUGCUCAAAGAAACUUAUACCUUACUGGUUUUACUAUCUUAUUAUUACUUAUCUUGAAUAAGAUUAAAAGCAUGGCACAAGAUUAUAUUCGAUUAGAAGAUGAGUUCAUUGAACUUGAAGCAGCCACCUCUAAUGACCCAGCAGUUAAAGCUGCUGCUAGAAAGAUGGAUACAGCACCCAUUGAGUCAGAGAAAACUAAACUUGAACCUGUUAAACAAGAUAAUACUUCUUCUUUUGAUAACAAGGAUAAAGAAAGCAGAAAAGAUAUUUAA